CUCUCAGGCGUGAGGAGCUGGCCCGCUGAUCUGCUGGUGGGCACCGGCUGGCGAGGGACCUGCGGCCGCUCUUCUUUCCCGCCGCCUCUCGGGAUCCUGCCCCCCGACCCCGGGCCCGUCUGCUCUUCUCCGGCCGGGUGGGAGCGAUCGGCUCGCCUGCCUCUCGCCUCACACGCUCCCCGCCGCCCCCUCCUCCCCCCUCAGGAGGAGUCCCGGCUGGAGCGUGUCUGGAGGAAUCCGCCGCCGCGGGGCCCCUCGCCCGGCUGUGCCCGCGCCUGAGGACCGACCCAGGCGUCGCCGGGGGUUGAGGGGCCGCCGGCGGCGAGGCGGGAGAUGGUGGGGUGGGCUCCGGCAGCACCGCGCCGCCGCUGCCCGGAGCCUGGGCUCGGCAACCCCCCGCCGGCCCCCACCAAGUGGAGCUCUGCUUCCUCCUCGCCGCAUCCCUGAGGGAAGCGCCGCCUCUGCUCCCGGGUUCUCUGCCUGCUGGCUCCUUCCUGGCCGGACCCCGCUGCGCUCCACCCCAGUGGCCGGAGGAGCCGCUCUCCAGUCAGCCUUUGCAGCCCCCUGUCUUUUUCCCUUUCCACCGGGCCUCCUCGGAUCCCUUGUUGGGCGCUGAGGCAGGGGAAGAGGCUGGGGUCGCCACGGCGGAGGUUGCUGCCGCCACCCCCCUGCGGGGGUGGCCGGGGUUCCCGGCUGGGGGGGCACCGCUCUGGGUGAGGCAUCCACCAUGGUGAGGCCCCUGUGCCGCUGCCCCCGCGCCCCCCCGGCCGCCGCUGCCGCCUGCCCCUCGGUGCUGCUGCUGCUCCCCCGCCUGCUGUUGCUCCUCCAUCUCCAGAUCGGAUCACGGUGAGGGAAAGAUGAGCGAGGAGACGGCGACUUCUGACAACGAUAAUAGUUAUGCACGAGUGCGAGCUGUGGUGAUGACCCGAGAUGACUCAAGUGGUGGAUGGUUACCGCUUGGAGGGAGUGGACUAAGCAGCGUCACUGUCUUCAAAGUCCCUCAUCAGGAAGAGAAUGGCUGUGCUGACUUUUUUAUCCGUGGAGAGCGACUCAGGGACAAAAUGGUGGUUUUGGAAUGUAUGCUUAAAAAAGACCUCAUUUAUAAUAAGGUCACUCCAACAUUUCACCACUGGAAGAUUGAUGACAAGAAGUUUGGUCUUACGUUUCAAAGUCCUGCUGAUGCUAGGGCUUUUGAUAGAGGUAUCCGAAGAGCAAUAGAGGAUAUUUCUCAAGGAUGCCCCGAAUCAAAAAAUGAAGCUGAAGGGGCAGAUGACUUACAAGCAACUGAAGAGGAUUCUUCCAGUUCUCUAGUGAAGGAUCACCUUUUUCAGCAAGAGACAGUUGUUACCAGUGAGCCUUAUAGAAUCUCAAAUACAAGACCUUCUCCCUUUGAAGAUCUGAAUGCCAGAAGAGUCUACAUGCAAAGCCAAGCCAAUCAGAUAACAUUUGGUCAGCCAGGCCUGGACAUUCAGAGCAGAAGUAUGGAAUAUGUACAGCGGCAAAUACCCAAGGAGUGUGGAAGUCUAAAGUCCCAAAAUAGGGUCCCUUUGAAAUCAAUCAGACAUGUCAGCUUUCAAGAAGAGGAUGAGAUUGUCAGAAUAAACCCUCGGGAUAUCUUAAUACGUCGCUAUGCAGACUACAGACAUCCUGACAUGUGGAAAAAUGACUUGGAAAGAGAUGAUGCUGAUUCCAGUAUUCACUUUUCUAAACCAGACAGUAAAAAAUCAGACUAUCUGUACUCUUGUGGGGAUGAGACUAAGUUAAGUUCACCCAAAGACUCUGUGGUAUUUAAGACGCAGCCUUCCUCAUUAAAAUUUAAGAAGUCAAAACGAAGAAAAGAGGAUGGUGAACGUUCUCGCUGCGUAUACUGCCAGGAAAGGUUUAAUCAUGAAGAAAACGUCAGGGGAAAAUGUCAGGAUGCUCCAGACCCUAUUAAAAGAUGCAUAUAUCAAGUUAGUUGCAUGCUCUGUGCAGAGAGCAUGUUGUAUCAUUGUAUGUCAGACUCGGAGGGAGAUUUUUCUGAUCCCUGUUCAUGUGACACUAGUGACGACAAGUUCUGCUUGCGAUGGUUAGCCCUGGUAGCUUUGUCUUUCAUUGUACCAUGUAUGUGCUGCUACGUCCCUUUGAGAAUGUGCCAUCGCUGUGGUGAGGCAUGUGGUUGCUGUGGUGGGAAACAUAAAGCUGCUGGAUGAAAUGAUCCAGUGCCAAAAUGAGCUUAAAAUCUUUGUUUCCAGGAAUUAGCUAACUUGGAUUUAUGGAAGCUUUUGGCAAGCAAUAUGGAAUCUUGCCUGGUAUCAUUGAGGCCACACGUGGAGGAAGCAGAACUCAUCAGUUCUUGGCGUUUCACAAAUGCUAGCCAUGCCUAACUUUUCCCUUGGGUGCAUGGCAUGUUUUGUUACAGGUUGUAGAGUAUUUGCAGAAGGAAACCAUAUCUGGUUAUUGGCUAUAAAAAGUCAGCAUAAAAUAUCCAACUAAAAGGGAUUAAUUUUUGGCAUUUUUUUGUAUAUUUAGGCAUUAGGUGAUGGGCUUUUAAAGGUUUGGAUUUAUUAGAACAUGGACUAAAAAUAAAAUUGCACUAGGGGACAGAUGAUUUCUAUCUAAGAAAAGUUAACACUUGGGAAUUACAAGAAGUAAAACAAGUGCAACUAAAUCAUUUAUUAGUUGUUUUUUGAAAGCAGUUUUAUGUAUAAAUAACAAAUGUUUAUAUUUAACUAAAUGUAAGGUACGAAUUAUUACAUAUUAAACUUUGCCUCCCUUCCUAGUUCUGAAGUAGAUAUAUACAUAUAUAUAUAUAUAUAUCUACUGUCACAUUCCAUAUAUUUUGAAUAUUUAACUCAUCUAGUUAAUAAUGUUUUUAUUCCAUGUGAAUGAUUUGAUAUUUUCAUCCUUAUUUCUCUUUGGCUACAAUUUAUAUUGAGUUAUAUCUGUACAUUCUGGUAAUCUAAAAUCCUUAAAAAUAUUCUAAUAGCCUUCAGUGACCAACUUUUUUUUAAAGCACAGAUGUAAUUGUCUAAUGUUCUGAUGGGAACGUAACACUUAUUUUUAUAUAAAAAGAGACUGAGUAAACAAACAUAGAAAAAAAGUGAAGUUUUUUUAGUUGUUUUGUUUUUUGUGGUAUUCAACCAGCAAGUUGUUUUCUUUCAGAGUUUCCUCCUUCAAAAAAUUAUACUGCAUUUACAAAUGUUUUACAAGGCAAAAGUUUGACUGGAUAGUUAGUGUAAAAGCUUCCUCUUGAGAUCUUCAUUUAUCAUUCUGCUAAACCAGAAUAGGCUCAGCUUAUUUCUAGCUUAAUCCUCAGUACUUAUUAUUUGCGUAACAAUGAUAACGUUUUAUCAGUUACAUUUUAUUUUUAUUUAAACUGGCCAAAAGAAAAAUUAUUUUAUGUUAAAAUGUGUGCUAAACUCCCCCAGCAAAGUAUUUAAUCCAACAUUGUAAAUGAAGUAUCUUGUACAUAUAAAUUAAUUUCUUUUACAGAGCAUUAUAUUACUGGAUGUUUAAUUUAGAAAAUAGUUGGAUGAAUGUUCCAACAAACUUUAUAGUACCUUGAGGUCAAAUUGUCUGUUUUUUUUUUUUGUUGUUGUUGUUGUUGUUGUUAAGUAUUACAUUAAAACUCUAACCAAGGAAAGGGUUCUUUAAGAACAUUCCCUUAGAGGGAUAAAGUUGAGAAGUGUGCCUUUUUUUUAAUGGCUUGAAGUUUCAGAGGUGAUAAAAAUUAAAAUCACACUACCAUUUGAAGCUCAUUUUCUAUGCAGGUUUUUAAACAUCCUUUAUAUAUCAUUCUUUUUAUAUAUCACACUAAACUUGCGUUAGCUUUUUUCUUUAGCCCCAGAUCAAACUGAACAAUGUAUAUAACACUAUCUGUCUGUAAAAUACUUUUUUUUAAGAAAGCAUUUAUAUUUAUAUGACAGCUUGAACUGACAACAUUGUGUAUAUAGAUCAUCUUGAAGUAUUAUUUCACAUUGAAAAGAAGAAAAAUAUAUUGAUAACUAUAGAUGUUAUGAAGAAGAGGGUAUUUCUAGUUUUGUACUAAAAAUCAAUUGGAUGAACUAAAUCCGAAACAUGACACUGUAGCAGCAGUUUUAAGUCUUAUUUUUACUGUUUAUAUAUUUGAAUGCUGCUACAAUACAUGAUCUUCAUCCCUGAAGUUUUCACCUAAACUUGGUUUCCUAGAAUAGACUGUUAACUUUCAAAAUUUUUAUUGGUGAAAUGGAAAUACUGGUUUUCCUUGUGAAUGAAUUUUCAUAAUUGUAAGUGUUGAGUUGAUAAUUCAGGUUUGAUCAAGGUGUGAAUAACUGAAGAAAAUAACUUGCUGGCUAUAUAGGAAAAUGCUGUGGAAAUGAACUGUGUAUAUACUUCUGGGAGGAACAAAUUUAAUCAUUUCUUCUGUUAAGCACUAAUCAGUAUAGUGCAACUCCUGGUUCUGUACUGUAUUUUAUAUGCAACAUAUAUGCUUUAAUAUUUUAAUGUUUGUGCAUUAAUAUUUUCAAUUUGUUUAACCACUUUGCUGCUAAGAUUUUGCCGUCCCAUUCCUGUUUUUUCCUUUACAAUUUUAAACAAGUUUCUUCAUUAAAAACUAUGGUGAUGAAAUGGUUUUUAUUUUACAUUGGAUCUUUAUAGUUAACAUACCCAGUUUCUAAAUCAGUCUACAAGACUAACUGAUGAUAUAAUGUUCUCUGAAUCCCUGUAUGGAAAUUUUCUUUUGAGUAAAUUAGAAUUCCUUUGUAAAAGCAAAUGGGUAGUUUAAAUCACUGAUUUUUAAACGUGUGUGUAGGCACCUUCAGGAACAUUUUCUCAUUCUCUGUACAGGUUUGGCGCUGCCAAUUGGCUUUUCCUCUCAAAUGUUUGUUUUUAUCUGAUAUUAUAAGCAGAUGGCUCAACACAACUGCUUAAGCAAUAGUCUUGAAAAUGGAAUCAUCUAGAUAGUAUGGCUCAUGAACUUGUUUUGUUCAAAAUCGAUCAUUCUUAAAUGAUAUUUCUGGCUUAAAAGGGGACCUCAUUUGAUUUCUGAAGAAAUAUGUCAUGUGGGGCUUCAGCACCACCUACUGGUUGAUUUCCAGGCCAGAGACAAGAGAUGGCAAUAGGGAUCUGAUUCGUCACUACUACCUAUUUGAGUGGUGACCACCUCCUACCAGGGAAACCAGGAAUAAGAACUAUCUCGAAGGAAUUGUAAAAGGGUUAUUUUCCUAAUGUGUCUUGUUGGCUUGCUGAAAUAUUUUAAGCACUUUUUUCUUACAUAUCCUGUUUUGAAAUAUUUGUUGAUAUUUGGGACUGGCAAUCAAACAAUGGAUGUACUGAGACAUUUAUAGAACCAGUUGCUUUAACUCUCAAAAGCCAUUACCAAAAUGGUGUUUUUUCUCUCCUUCCGCCAGUCAGGGAGAAUUUUUAAAAAUAAUACUCAAAACACGAGAAAACGUAAUCACACCUAUAUUUUAUCGUGACAACUUCAGAGAGUGUGUGUGUAUGUUUCUUUUUUUCUUCUUUUUUUUUUUUUUUUUUUUUUGAGACAGAGCUUCACUCUUGUUCUCCAGGCUGGACUACUAUGGCAUGAUUUCGGCUCACUGCAACCUCCGCCUCCCAGGUUCAAGCUGUUCUCCUGCCUCAGCCUCCUGAGUAGCUGGGAUUAUAGGCAGCCGCCACCACGCCCAGCUAAUUUUUUGUAUUUUUAGUAGAGAUGGGGUUUCACCAUGUUGGCCAGGCAAAUCUCAAACUCCUAACUUUAGGUGAUCCACCCGCCUCAUCCUCCCAAAGUGCUGGGAUUACAGGCGUGAGCCACUGUACCCAGCUGUGUGUAUGUUUCUGAAGUGAUGAUGGGGUAGGGUUAAAAUGUAAAGGGAAAAACUUGAAACUACCUAUUUUCAUUGGUUAUUCAGCAGUGCCUAAAAUGAGCUUUUGAAGUAAUGCAAAUGCACUUUCAAUUCAUGUGUAUAGUGCCAUCUGAUAACUUGGGUAAGUCUCACUUUAUUUUCUUUUUCCUCUCCCCUGCCCCUUUAGUUAAAUGGCGCAGAAAUGUUUCUUAAUAUGCAUGUAAGUCUCCAAAGUCCAGGAAAUGUGCUUUCCUCUAAAUGGUCAAUGUAAAGAAUUUUAAGGAUAUUUCUUGUGUUGAAAUUUACUUUAGAUUUUGUGAUUACAGUUGAAAAUAUGUGUUAAAUUGGGUUUUUAAUUGUAGCCCAAAGGUGCAUUAAGCAAGUGUAAUAUUUUUCCACAUAAAACUUAGAAAACUUUACUUACCUGAGAAAGAUUCUUUACUAAUUAUUAUGCUUAUUCUUGAUUUGACUUCCAUGAUCACAUUUCAAGUAUUAGAGGAAGCACCAGAAACUGGCAUUCUUGUUGCACUAAAAGUGUCUGUAAAUCAUAAUAAUAACACCAUGAGGUGUUUUUCAGUGAGACAAACAUAAAGAAUGAAUUUCUUUAAAAAAAGAAAUGCAACCUGAGGUGAUUUAUAUAAACCAAAAGAAAAAGAAAAGGGCUUUAAGGUAUUAUGUACUGUUUGCCUAGCAGCCAGGUGGUUAUAAAACGUUCAUAUACUUUGGUACACUGAUAAAUGUUAGCCAUUAUUCCUGAAAGCUUCUUAAAUUGCCUAAGUUGUUUGGAAAUUUUUCAAGAAUAAUCUAGUUGAAAAAUCUUUGUAUUAAAAAUACACAUAGAUUUUUUGUGAACAUUUCCAGUGUGUAGUGUCAUUUGCUUCCUAUUCCUGACCUCAAAAGUGCCUCACUUGUAUAUUAUUUCCAUUAACAGCUUGACUGCAUUCUUUCUAAUAAGCAAUGAACAUCUGUUUAACUCGGUUUUAAUGUAUCUCUUCAGAUAUAGUUAACUAGCUUGAUAAUUUUGACUAUAUAAUGUAAAUAUGCAUAUAUAAGUUUGUAACCAUUUUUGUUACAUCAUACCCAUGUAAUUGGACAUACCAGAUGAUUAUCAUCAGAUUUUGUUUUAAUGGAUUUUUUUCCCUCCUGGAAUUACCUGAUUAAACCUAUCAUGAAAUAUGAAAGGACUUUUUCUUAUUCUCCUAGAGCUUAUCAUUUUAGCACAUAAGAGAUAAUUACUGGAGGAAAAAGUAGUAAAAAUGGAAGCUUUAGAUAAUUUUCUUAGUUCUAUUUCUUUAAACGUAUACUUUUAAACUGAAAGUUCACAUACAGUUCAUUUAAAUAACAUAUUUAUUCAUCCUUAAUUGUAUUCUGGUUUUUUUAAGCCUCUUACCUAAUAAUGUUAUAUUUAUUGGUUUGGUAACAUGUUGCAGCUAAGCUAAUGACUUUAAGUGACAAAUGUUUAACCCAUGACUACUGAUUUUUUUUUUAUAUUCAAGUCAGUUUCACAGUUUUACUUAACUUGUAAUAUAAACAAAAAAUAAUCUAAAUGAAAGGUUAUUAGGACAGGAAUAAAAAAAUGUUUAUCUCAACACCAGAAUAACUUGGAUUACUACAUUAUGGUUGUUUAUUU